CAAAUUCUGCAGGAGCGAAGAGAUGCCAAACAUAACGAACUCAAACUCGAACUUCAACUCAGUCUCUUUCUCUCUCUCCUUGAAACAUGCAGUCGGCUGAAGACAUUCGCAAUCUUCCAAUCGACAUAACAUUUUCUCGUCUCGGAGAAUGGUUGGUUGAUCGGAAGCGAAUACCGUCCGAUUGGAGAAAACGAAUGGCUGUGAUCAGAGCUAAAAUUUCGAAGGAGUUCGCUUCGUUGCCCAAGGAUAUCGAUCCUUAUUUUCAAACCCUUGACACUGAAGGGAUCAGUUACUUAGAGGCCAAAAAGAUAUAUGAAAUUCUUCUGAAGUCAACCCCAGAAAGCCGGAAUAUAUUUGGCCGGCUAUCAGGUGCUGCUGGUUCCUGGGAAGCAAUUGUACAUUCUUUUGAGAAAGAUCAUAUUUACCUUGGUGAGGCUGCUCAAAUUAUGGUUCAAAACGUAAAUUACGAAAUUCCAUAUCAGAAGAAACAGGUGCAAAAGAUUCAGCAACAAUUAGCCGAACUUGAUCGCAAGGAAGCUGAUAUAAAAAGAAGUGCAGCUCUAUCGGCAGCUAAAUAUGUUGAAGCUUGUCAAGAGCUUGGUCUGCAGGGGGAAAAUGUGAGGGUUGAACUUUUAGAGACUGCAAAUUCACUUCCUAGCACAUUUAGCAGGAUUUUGGAAGUUAUAAAUAGUGAGUCUGUGUCACUUGCUGUGGACUAUUAUUCCAAUUUUGUCAGAGACGCUCACACUGAAAAAGAUAAAUCUUCAGAGACUGUCUUAUUGAACUUGAAAGACAUUCGUGAAAAUCCCCCUUCUUUGAAUGUUUCUGCAGCUUCUGAGAUCCUCAAUUCUGCUGAUGGUCAAUCAAGCUUUAAUGAUAUAAAGCAUGUGAGACAAGAUAUGUAUGUUGCUGCUGACAGUAUUGACUGGGAUAUCUCUGUUGAAACUGCUCAGAUUGAUUGGGAUAUUGGUACUGUGGAAGAAACAGAAGAUACUGGUAAUGGUUUGGGUCCAUAUGAAAUAGUUAAUGCCAGUGAUUUUACACAGAGUUCUUCGACAAAUGAAGCUGUGGAAACUGAUCGAACUCAAUCAAAGAAACAGGAAGACACCCUGCUUCCUGAGGUUUCUGCUUCAGAGAUAUGUUGGGAUGUCAGUGUGGAAACACCUCAUGUUGAUGUGAUUGAUGAAGUUAAUUUGCCUAAUGUUGGCAUGGAAAGUCAGACAUAUGUUCCAGAUUCCUUAACUCAAAGCCCAGGAAUCAAGGAAGAUAGGAGCCAGCUAUUGGAGACCGAGUACAGGAAUAAGAUUCUUGAUGAUUUGAAUGAGAUCAAAGCAUUUUUGAAUCAACGAUUGGUAGAGAUGGGGAGUCAAGAGACUUUGUCCUUGCGGAAUCAGGUCCAAUCAGUUGCUCCCUUGGUGUUACAGCAGUAUACUACUGAUGUCAUUGAGACUAUGUUGUCUGAUGUUAGAUCAGCCAUUUCCUUGCUGACAAACAGGAAAACACGGGACCUAAUCAUGAUUCUCAACUCCAAGAGAUUUCUCGAUAGAUUGGUUAAUACUUUGGAAGAGAAAAAACAUCAUGAGGUGAAAUUGAAAGAGGGUUUGAAAGACGUGGCUGCCAAACGCAUGGAACUUCAAAAUUCUUUAUCUUCAUCAUGGCCGAAGCAAGAAGCAGCUCUUGCAAAAACUAGAGAGCUGAAGAAGGUAUGCGAAAGUACGCUUUCAUCUAUGUUUGAUGGAAGACCGGUGAACAUAAUCGGAGAGAUUAAUACCUUGUUGAAUAGCGGGAUUAGUACAUAAACUUAAGAUUAGAUAUUUGUUUAUUACGACAAAAAUAAAUUUUAAGUUAGAAAGGGAUGAUUGUAGUUUGAUCAUAGAUUUUUUUUUUUUUGAUAUUUUUAAAGAGGUUUUUAAUAUCUUAAAGGUGUUUGUUUUAUAAUUAUACGGGUGUUUUUAAUACUUUCGAAACAAAGUAGAUGAGUUGAAUAUUAAACGAACUCACAGAGGGAAAGAUGAAAUAAAC